CAGCCAACCCACCACCACCGGAUCAGCUUCGUCAUUCCUCUCAGAUCAGGCGGCGCCACCCGAGGACACCGUCGGAACCAACCACCCACCCGAAAAAAAGGCACCCACCCCCCACCCCCGGCCGGAAACGCCGCGAGCGCGCGCGCCCAGAAUGGAGAACGGCAACGGCCCGUCGUCGUGCUGCAACGGCAACGGCAACAGCAACGGCGCGCCGUCGCCGCCGCACGUGGCGAUGCUGGUGACGCCCGGGAUGGGCCACCUGAUCCCGCUGGCGGAGCUGGCCAAGCUGCUGGCGUCGCGGCACGGCGCGACGGCGACGCUCGUCACGUUCGCGUCGACGGCGUCCGCCACGCAGCGCGCGUUCCUGGCGUCGCUGCCGCCCGCCGUGUCCUCCCUGGCGCUCCCGCCCGUCGACCUCUCCGACCUGCCCCGCGGCGCCGCCAUCGAGACGCUCAUGUCCGAGGAGUGCGCGCGCAGCGUGCCGGCGCUCACGGACAUCCUCCUCCGCCUGCGGCGGACCACCCGCCUCGUCGCGUUCGUCGCCGACCUCUUCGGCGCGGACUCGUUCGACGCCGCGCGCGCCGCGGGGGUCGCCCGGAGGUACCUCUUCUUCCCGACCAACCUGCACGUGCUCACGCUCAUCCUCCACCUCCCGGAGCUCGACGCCUCCGUCCCCGGCGAGUUCCGCGACCUCGCCGAGCCGCUGCGCCUCCCCGGCUGCGUGCCCAUCCCGGGGCCCGACGUGCUCAUGCCGCUGCAGGACAAGUCGAACCCCUCCUACAAGUGGAUGGUUCACCACGGCGCCAAGUACCGGGAGGCCGACGCCAUCCUCGUUAACUCCUUCGACGCCGUUGAGCCGGGCCCGGCAAAGAUCCUGCGGCAGCCGGCGCCUGGCCGUCCAGCGGUGUUCCCCAUCGGCCCGCUCAUCCAGGCCGACCGCGGCAGCAGCGACGGGCCGUGCCCGUGCAUCGAGUGGCUCGACCGGCAGCCGGACAGGUCGGUGAUCUUCGUCUCCUUCGGCUCCGGCGGCGCGCUGCCGGCCGAGCAGAUGAGGGAGCUCGCGCUCGGGCUGGAGCUCAGCGGGCAGCGCUUCCUGUGGGUGGUGCGGAGCCCCAGCGACGAGGGCGCCGUCAACGACAACUACUACGACGCCGAGAGCAAGAAGGACCCCUUCGCGUACCUGCCGGAAGGCUUCGUCGAGCGGACCAAGGACGUGGGCCUCGUGGUGCCGUCGUGGGCCCCGCAGAUAAGGGUGCUGGCCCACCGGGCCACGGGCGGGUUCCUGACGCACUGCGGGUGGAACUCGGUGCUCGAGAGCCUCGUGUACGGCGUGCCCAUGGUGGCGUGGCCGCUCUACGCCGAGCAGAGGCAGAACGCGGUGAUGCUGUCGGAGGGGGUCGGCGCCGCGAUCCGCGUCCCCGAGUCCAAGGGGCGGGAGAAGAUCGCGGCGGCGGUGCGUGAGGUGAUGGAGGGCGAAGGCAAAGGCGCCGCGGUGCGGGCCAAGGUGGCGGAGCUGCAGAAGGCCGCGGCCGAGGGGCUCCGGGAAGGUGGCGCCGCCGCGACGGCGCUGGCCGAGGUGGUGGGGAAGUGGACGUGUGGAGAGAACUAGAUGAUGCUGAGCUGAGUACAACUACCAAUCCAUCCUAGCUGCCCCUCCACCUCCAUCAUCUUUGGCCCCCCAUGGCUUGUCCUUUUGUACUAUUCCAAACUUUUGAUUGUAAUUUGUAACUUAUGCAACCUGUAACUAUCCAUGUCCUACUCCAUUGGUAAGAUAGCUUUGUGUGUACCAAGAUGCUAUUCUAUCUCGCCACUUUUGCAAAUUCAUUUAAAAUCAGGAUUAGGACAGAUGAACCAUGCACAUCUGAAGAUUGGGAGGAUAUUAGCUGGACGCAUCCUUAUC